GGCGGUAACUUCACCCCCCUCACUACGCGCAACACCUCCAUCGCCUAUAUAUACCGGGUCUUCAUCGCCAACCCUUCCGCCUGACACAUCCGCUUCGCCAUUCCACCGCCUCGCCGGGCGGAGAUUCCUUUGACCUUCGGCUCUUUCUAGCUGCCAUUCGAUCUCGAUUUCGACGGGGGUUUUGGCAACUCGAUCAUUGCAGGAUACAAAUUUAUAUUCGAGGAGCCGUCAUCAAUCUGGCCGUCCCUGGUGUUCCAUGUCCUUGCACCUUGAGGAAGGUGUGGGAUCUGAAGAAUGCUCAGUUGCCUCCUCGUUGCAUUGAGGUUUCCACUCUCCUCGUUUGGCCUUUUAGUUGCACGGUGAAAGGAUCUCCUUUUGACAACGGCUAACUCCUGCAACGAUAGAGAUUUUGGCAGCUGGUUUUUACUGCAAAAGAAUAACUUGAUAGGAUUUUUCCAUAGAUUGCCUUUGCUCAGAUCAAUUGCUGUCCAUGAAAAUGGCAAUAACUGGUUGUUUCUCAGCUCUUUUAGCUAGAAAGAAUUCCAAGGAAAAGAAAAGAUUCAAAAUUGCCUAUAGAUGUGGAGAAUUAAGAGUUAACCCUGAAGAACAAGUUCAUCAACAUGUCCAGACUGUCAUAGCAGGAAUUACUUUUGAUGAACCCAAUCAUGCUGAUCAACUGGCACACAGUUCUGUCGAGGUAGCAAAUCUCGGAGAGCCUAUCCCUUUGAUAGCUCAGGGAAAGAGCCCUGUGGAGAGUGCACAAACCAAAAUGUGUGAUACAAAAAAUCCCAAAUUUGAGCAAACUGAGCCUGGUACUGAAGCAGCGUAUGAAGGAGGUGAUGAACACGAUGAUAGUUUUUCUCCGAGGAAAGCUUUCUCUGAGUUUGAGUUUCAAGUAUUUGAUGUAGACAAGAGAGAACUCAAUUCUGAAAGUUUUGAUGAAGAACUGAAUAUUGAUGGCUCAGAUAGCAGUUUGCUUAAAGAAGAUACUGCAUCUGAAAUGAUUACCUACAAUGGUCAUGCUAGUGAUCCUGGCAUUGGACGAGCAGAAAUAUUGUCCGGACCUCUGCAUCUUAAACGUUCUUGCUCCUACAUUGAGACAAAGAGAUUUGUUAGGUCCCCUGCCAUGACCAAUUCUUCAGAUGAUGUUCUCAACAUAUGUGAGACUGUUGGUGGUCAUGCAACAAAUGCUAUCCCUGGAAGUCCAAAAUCAGUAAUGACAUCUUUCAGUGCAGAUAGGGCAAUGCUAACGAAGAGCUGUUCAUCCCAGGUUCUCCCGUCGAUGGGUGCAAAGCAUAGGUCGGAUCUUUUUCUGUUGAGCCAGAAUAAUUCUCACAACCCUAGGAUGACAGCACCUCAGAGGAUUUCCAUCAAUGGUACCUCUAAAAAUGCUGGUGGCUAUUGUUCCAAUGUGCUUGAGUCAAGGUCAUGUUUUGAAAUGGAUAGCAAGCCAAAAAUGAAGCAAUCAGAAAUUACAACUGCAGAUGACUUGUGGUCUCAGAAUCAUGGGGUUGCUUUUUAUUCAGAGUCUUCAACCUUUGAUAGAGUUGAUGCUUGGGUUCAGAGUCUUGGAGAUGAUUCAUCAUAUCCAAUAGACAGCUAUCAGACUGAUGACCCAGCAGAAGAGGCAACCUCAAAUACAAAUAUUCUCAAGGUGGAAAAAAUCUCAGGAAAGAAACAAACUCAAACUGGCAGGACAACAGGAGAGGAUAUAAUAGAGGACAGCUAUAUCUUCCAACCAUCGUGUUCCUUUCCCCAGACAGUUCACAUUUCUGGUAUGGGUUUGAAAGCUAUUCCUGCAAUUUCAGCCUUCAACAAUCUCCGAUCAGUUAACUUAUCUGGCAACAUGAUAGCCCACAUUUCCUCAGGAAGCCUCCCAAAGAGUCUCCUUACACUUGACUUGUCUAAGAACAAAAUUACAACAAUUGAGGGACUGAAAGAUCUUAUAAGGCUGCGGGUUCUUAAUCUCAGCUACAACAGAAUCUCACGGAUUGGCCACGGCUUUCCAAAUGGCACACUGAUAAAAGAGCUCUAUUUAGCUGGGAAUAAGAUCAGCUACGUUGAGGGUCUCCACAGACUUCUAAAGCUAAAAGUUCUGGACCUGAGCUUCAACAAGAUAACAAUAGCAAAGGCCUUGGGCCAACUUGUUGCCAAUGACAACUCUCUCUUGGCUCUCAACCUGAUUGGCAAUCCAAUUCUGAGCAAUUUUAGCGAAGAGCAACUUCGUAAAACCAUUUGCAGCAUCCUACCUAAGAUAGCCUAUCUGAAUAAGAAGCUCAUUGAUCCUCGGAAGGGACGGGAGGUGGCCUUGCACAGCAUAUCAAAGGCUGCACUUGGGAGCAAUGACAGGUUCUCGCAGAAACAAUUGACAAGGCGAGUGGUCCAGACUACCAGUUCUUCUGGUAAGAGCUGGGGAAGAGAAAGGAACACCUACAGGGGAGCAGGCAGCAGCCUCGGGGAGAGGAGCAGAAUGGACAGAUCAAAGGGCAAGCAUCAACAUUCUAUUACUUCAAGGAAAUGAGAUGAUGAUCCAAUUUUAGAUGUAAUUUGAUUUAGCUUUUAGUAAUAAAUCAGAAAACGUUGUGCUUCUGUUAAACUUGGAAACCUUUACAUCGUGCUUAGUUUAUGAGCUGAGACAGUUGAUGGAAUUAAAUUUAUGUAUUUAUUUUUUUUC